AUGGAGGCUAGGCCCUCUGAGUGGGUGGGCGACGAGCACAUCGCCGACGUUCAGCCACACUCGCAGGAGUACUGCGCAAUUUCCUCAUUGCUGUCGAGGGGCCUCCCCAACCUGCGGAUCAAUCGAAUCGAGCGCGUCCAGAAACCGGAGCAGUGGGAGAAGUAUAUCGACAGGGUGAAGGUCAUGAACAAGUACCAUGACGGCGCCAACGAGACCCUGCUGCUCCACGGCACCGGCGAGCACCCGCCCCACGAUGUCCUCAAGCACGGGGAUGGACUGGACCCGCGAUUCAGCACCGGCAAAGGGUUUUACGGCCGUGGAACGUACCUGGCCGAGUCACCCGCGUACCCUAUUGCCGGCCGCUACGUGCAUCACACGAAAGGGAAGCUGCAGCUGGUGGUAGUGAGGGCUGCCCUCGGCGUGUCCCAAAACCUGGGCUUUCGCGUGGAUGACGACACCCGCGAAAUGACCAUGCCUGGCCAGCAGCCUAACAACCGCGACCGCCAUUACGACUCGGUCCGUGCGGGGCCGCACCGCCCGUACCUGUCCGGGCCUGGCUCGGGCAGCAUCGGUGGCGACGACCCGGAUUCGUCUAUCAUCCACGUUGUCUACCAAAACAACCAAAUGUACCCCGCCUACAUCGUCACGUUCGACAUGGGCGGCGGUGAUUUGGGCGACGGCCGCUCGCACAAGCUGGGCGAGCGCGUGACGUACCUCAACGCGGAGAAGCAGCCCGUCCGCCAGGCCAUCGUCACGCACGCUGACGUGUCAGCGGGCUGCUACACGAUCGAGUACGAAAAGAACACAACUGCCGCUCGGCUGCAUUACCCCCCUGACGAUGACGACGACCGCGGCGUCGUCGGCCGUGGCGGGGUGGUGCCGCGGCUGGGGCGCGCGCUGCGCAAGGGCGACGACGUGUUUUACGAGGAGAGCAAAUCUGGCGCACGGCUUCCGGCGGUCAUCAUCAUGGUCGAGAGCCCCACUACCAACGAUGAGGGGGGCCGGCCGGCCUAUGUCGUCGCGGUCCGCCAGACGACGGGCGCGAUCCGCCUCCUAGGUACCUCCUAG